AGCGGGCCUCUAGUUGUGUGGCGUGGCGCCGGCGGCGGCGCAGUGCAUGGAGCUUCUAUCGCGCGCACGGGGGAGGUGUGAGAAUUCGGGAUAAGCGGCUGGAGGAGAUUUACGCAGUCGGGUGACGGGAUUUUUAUCACAAUUAAGCAAGACGACAAAUGGGAGCCCCGGAGAACCAAUCUGCAAGAAUAUGCUCGAAUUUGAUAUUUCAAUAGAAGCAACUGUUAAGCAGCAGAGAUUUUUCUUAUUCCUGGCAAAAGGCUGUUCAAAUAAGAAUUUAAAAGGCGAGCAUACUUCUUCAAGAAAACCAUUGCCCCAAAGUUUUUUUGGUACCGGCCGGUUGUUUGACAAAUUCCCAAAAUGAGAAAACGACUUUUCAUUGCAUGUUUUGGAGUCUUGCUGCUUGCAAUUCAUGCCCAAGACAAAUCAAAUGGAGAUGUGCAGAUCGAACACCUUGCAUAGCAUCAUGCCUUGUUAAAACUUUAUGGAUUUGAUGAUUUGGUAAACAACUAUAUACAGGACAGGACUUCAACAUCUUGCCACACAGAACAGGGAUGAAAUCAAAUUCAGACCCAAAGAAGCAGGAAAACGGCGUAACACUGGCACCAGAGGAUACACUACCAUUUCUAAAUUGUUACUGCUCUGGAUACUGUCCUCAAAAUGCUGUAAACAAUACAUGCAUAACAAAUGGUCAGUGCUUUGCAAUGAUUGAAGAAGAUGACCAUGGGGAUAUCAUUUGGACAUCAGGCUGCAUGAAAAUGGAGGGUUCAGACUUUCAGUGCAAGGAUUCCCCGAAAGCCCUGUCACGGAGAACUAUUGAGUGUUGCCGGACUGAUUUCUGUAACCGUGAUUUGCAGCCUACAUUGUCGCCAAAGAUCGCAGAUGGAGAAUAUGGCUUGCGAUUCAUUGCUCUUAUCAUUUCGAUGGUGGUCUGUGUUAUUUUUAUAGCAGGCUUCAUUCUUAUCAUAUGGAUUUACAAACAUAAACUACAUUCCCAAAGGAUGCUUUAUAACCGAAAUUUGGAUCCUGAUGAUGCCUUUAUACCUGCUGGGGAGUCCCUAAAGGCUCUUAUUGAUAUAUCACAAAGCUCGGGUAGUGGCUCAGGGCUGCCUUUAUUGGUGCAGCGUACUAUAGCCAAGCAGAUCCAGAUGGUUAGACAGAUAGGAAAGGGAAGGUAUGGUGAAGUAUGGAUGGGAAAAUGGAGAGGAGAGAAGGUGGCCGUCAAAGUGUUCUUUACUGCUGAAGAAGCCAGUUGGUUCCGUGAAACUGAAAUCUACCAAACUGUCCUCAUGCGGCACGAGAACAUACUUGGUUUUGUAGCAGCUGACAUUAAAGGAACAGGCUCAUGGACACAGAUGUACCUGAUAACAGAGUACCAUGAAAAUGGAUCGCUGUAUGACUUCCUUAAGUGUACCACUCUGGAUACUCGAUCUUUACUCAAGCUUGCAUAUUCAGCAGCCUGUGGAUUGUGUCACCUCCACACUGAAAUAUAUGGCACUCAAGGAAAACCUGCAAUUGCACACAGGGAUCUGAAAAGUAAAAACAUACUUAUAAAAGAAAAUUGGACAUGCUGCAUUGCUGAUCUUGGACUGGCAGUAAAAUUUAACAGUGAUACACAUGAAGUUGAUAUUCCCCUGAACACACGUGUUGGGACAAAGCGUUAUAUGGCCCCAGAGGUUCUGGAUGAAAGUCUAAAUAAGAAUCACUUCCAGGCUUAUAUUAUGGCAGAUAUCUACAGCUUUAGUUUAAUUGUCUGGGAGAUGACUCGUCGCUGCAUAACUGGAGGAAUUGUUGAAGAGUAUCAGUUGCCUUACUAUGACAUGGUGCCAAAUGAUCCAUCCUUUGAGGAUAUGAGAGAAGUUGUCUGCAUGAAAUGUCUAAGGCCUACAGUAUCAAAUAGAUGGAACAGUGAUGAAUGUUUGAGAGCUAUUUUAAAGCUGAUGGCAGAGUGCUGGGCUCAAAACCCUGCUUCCCGUCUCACAGCUCUGCGAAUCAAGAAAACGCUUGCAAAGAUGGUGGAGUCCCAGGACGUCAAGAUUUGACAUGGAACACAGGAUACUCUAUCAGAACUUUUUUAAAAAGAAGCCAAGUGCAAGGAGGAGGCAAUCAAUACUUCCUGUGCACCUCCUUGGUUUAUUAUGCUGGCUGCUAUAUAUUGACUUUAGGUACUGUGUAGAAUUCAGACGCAUCUCUUCCUCAGUGGGAGCCUGUGUGUACUAAAGGACAGAUUAUUUUUGUUCAAAAUUUUUAUAUUGAAACUUUGGUCUUUUUAACAUGAAAGUAUUCAGCUUGAUGGUUACAGAAUCGUAUGUUCAGAAAAUGUUGCUUUCCGUGAAAGCAGUAACCAUAAUAAAGGCAUUUUUAUUCCCUUAUAGCCCUUAUUAACCUGGAGAAGUAAUUGGAUACAAGUAAGAAUUUAACAGUUCUUGCUUUAUUGCGGAUAGAAUGUUGGUAAAUCCCAAUCAUAACUCAUACAUUAUGAAUAAACAAAAAAAAUGUAAUCCUUUAGCCAAAAGUUAUUUGCCAUAUCUCCAUAGGUUGAACAUCAUUAUGAAGAACCCAUGUAAAUAUUUUUUUUUCUUAAAUAUGUUAAGCGUUUACUGCAAAAGAAAUGUGCCUAGUAAUCUAGAUGCUGUACCUUAAUGAAACUUUACAGCAAAAAUCAAACAUUUAAAAUGACAAAAGGAAUUUGCAUGCUGCUACUUGUGACAAAAUCUAAAGGAUCCUGCUCACACCAUUAUUGUUUCCCCUCAACACAGCUAGAUGGGAGUCUAAACGUGUUUAUUGAUGUAUAUUGUUUCUGUGAUAUACAGUGGCAAUUGCAGCCUAUCCAUUUUAACUAAAACCUUUAACUACUUAUUCCAGAUUAGAUUAGAGUAAUAUGACUCACUUUAUGGCUGCAUGAUACAUAGACAGGUAUGGGACCUGCUAUCCAGAAUGCUUGGGACCUGGGGUUUUCCGGAUAACAGAUCUUUCCAUAAUUUGGAUCUUCAUGCCCUACUAGAAAAUCAUGUAAACAUUAAAUAAACAGACCGGUUUUGCUUCCUGUAAGGAUUAAUUAUAUUUUAAUUGUGAUGCAGUACAAGGUACUAUUUUAUUAUUACAGAGAAAAAGGAAAUUAUUUUUAAAAAUUUGGAUUUUUUUAGACAAAAUGGAGUCUGAGAGAUGUCCUUUUCAUAAUUCUGAGCUUUCUGGAUGACUGGUUUCUAGAUAAUGGAUCCUAUAUCCGUUUGUCCUUUGCCUCCACUCACCUUUUUGCUUGUUUUUUGCUGCAGGUUAUUCGAAAAAGAGCAGACCAUGGCAAAAUAGAGCAUUUGUUAACUUGACACCGUAUUUAUGUACAUUUAGGUAUUUCAGUCCCUGCCAGGUAAUUGCUAUUAUUUAGUGUCUAAUAAAGUAAUCCUUUGCCUCUUGGCUAAUGGCUGGGUAAUAGCUGUCAUCAGAUCCUUUUCCGUCACAAGUACCCUCAAAAAUGUAUAAGGCCAAGAUAAAAAUGUAUAGCAAAAUACUGGAUAGAAUUAAAAUAACAUAUCAAGCACCUUUUGCUUAACACACUCUGCUUACUACAUCCCCACUAAUGGCCACAUCAUAUGUAUAAGUUUGCAGGAAAGGCAAGUACCAUUGUCUACAGUACAGCUAUGGGACCUGUUAUCCAGAGUGCUCAGGCCUGGAGUUUUCCAGGUAAUGGGUCUUUCUGUAAUUUUGAUCUCCAUACCAUAUGCCUACAAAAAAUUAUUUAAAAGUUAUUUAAAGCAAAUAAAAGUAUUUUGCCUCCUAUAAGGAGUAGUUAGAUCUUCGUUGACAUCAAGUAUAUGGUACUGUUAUAUUACAGAGAAAAAGGAAUUUAUUUUUACAAAUGUGAAUUACUUGAUUAAAAUAGAGUUUGUGGGGAUGCUUUCCUGCAAUCCGGAGCUUUCUGGUUGAUGGUUUUCCGGAUAACCGGUCCCUUACCGUAAAUGCUUGCCAUAGUCAUGUGAUGUUAACAGGCAUGGUAAUGUGGUAAACACAAAGACGUAGAAUGUUUACAUUAUAACCAGUAUUUUCAUGUAUGGUUUACUGUGUCUAAGGUAAAUCUUGUGUUUUCAAGGAGUACUAACCAUGUGUGCAUGCAUAACUAUAUAUAAAGUUGGUGGGGUUUUUUUUUUUUGCUUGUUCGUGUGCUUGAAUGUACACCAACCAAUCUCCUGUAUUUCCUCUGUUAACCCAGAAAAUACAGAAGUGCCACAGAGUUUUAUGUGUUUAAUGGGAAACAAAUUAAAUGUUCAUAACCUGCUUAUAGAUUUUUUACAUUAUCCCUUUAAUGAACUAGAGUACACGUGCAUUUAUACUGGGUCUUCAAAUAUAAAACCAAAUAAUUAACAUUUUUAGGCAUAGAUUUAGAAUCUCAACUUUACAGCUCUGUGGAACUAUUGUCUACUAUCUAGACUCCCAAAGUUCUACUACAGUGCAUUGGUACUAAAUAUCUGAUUAUAAAGAAAGAACCUUGAUUACCCCUGCUCUGCUGGUAUGUUUCAGAGCUUAGCCAUUACUUGGCAAUAUGCUUUAUAAAUCUUAAUGCAUGCAUUUGUUUAUUAUUUCGUAAAAACAUUCUUAUGCCAUUAUCCCUCUUCUACUUUUAUCUUACUAAGGUAAAGCCUGCCUACCAAUAGAUUAAGGGGCAGACUUAUCAAGGGUCGAAUAGGAAGGAAAUUCGAAUUCUCAAAUCGUUUUUUUUGUCAUAACUCAAAAAUGCGAAUUGGAAAUAAUACAAACUAGAUUCGGAUUUGAAAUUUGAGAUUAAUGAAAACUAUACCCUGGGAAUAAUUUGAAUUCGACUAUUUGCCACCUAAAACCUGCCGAGUUCAUGUAUGUCAAUGAGAGAGGUCCAGUGACCCAUUUGAAGAUUAAUAGCCUUCCUGACUGACGUUCAAGUUUUUUUCUGAGAAAAAACUUGAUUCAAAUUGAGUUGGGAUGGUAAUAUUAAUUCGAGUUUUAGAUAUUCAAUCUUUUUCUUAAAUAACCUUACAAUCUCAUUAUAUUCAAAUUUAUUAGCUUUAAAAAAAAAAUUCACAUGAAUUGGAAAUUCGACCUUUGAAAAUUGGUCCUCCCCAAGUUAAAAAUAAGAAUAAUUUAAUAAAAUGUUAUGUGGUCUGUCGAAAUACAGCAUAUCAGAUGUAAAUGUGUCAAAGCAUAAUAACAUUAAAAAAAUGGAGCAAGCUGUA